AUGGGUACCGGCGAGGGGUUCCAGCUCGGGACCGUCGGGGCGCUGAGCCUGUCGGUGGUAUCGUCCGUCUCCAUCGUGAUCUGCAACAAGGCGCUGAUUAGUUCGCUCGGAUUCACGUUUGGUGAGGGAUCUACUCGCCACUGGCUUGGUUGACUUUGCGCUCGGUUGUUUCCGUCCUCCUGAUUGAAUCGCUUCUGGCCACGGCGAUUUCUCACACCUCCCAUCCUCCCUUUCGUACCUUAUUAUUUGUUUUCUAUUUAUUUUUUUUGUCGUCACAGUAUUCCGAUGAUGAUCUAUAUGAGCUUGAGUGGUGUCAUGCAAGGAUAUUCUGAGGAGAGGAUUCUAUAUUUCCAAUUGGUGUCGAUCCCUGGCUGAUGCGACUAGUUCGAUCGUCGUUCGAUGAGUGAUGAGGAUGUAGAAUAUCGAUGGCAGUGAGGAUUGCAGCAUCGUGUGAACGGAGACUAAGAUCAUGUAUAAUAUGAGAGACAUUUUCUGGUUGCAGUUCUGUGAUCUUAGAUCACACGGGUUAUAGAAUUUGAGGUGGGAAAAAUUAUCUCUCAUGCAGAAUGUCUGCAACAUUAGUAUGGGGAUUGUCCAGGUUUUCUUCGGACUAGGAUUGUGUGGAAGAAGAUACUGAUUUUCUGAUAAUAUUUCUGUGGCCCUAGAUCACAGGAACUACGUAAUUUGAGGUGGGAAUUUUUUUUUUUUUCAAGAGGCUGUUUUCUUAUGCAGAAUAUGAAUGGUGAUUUUAAUGCCUUGACUGGUCGUUUUCAUCACUGAUUUUCCAUUUCUCUCUAUCCCGGAUAUUUUUUUUUCACCCUGUUCAUGGUGUUCAGAGAUAUUGAUAUUUAAAUCUGUUCACGAUCUUCGAUUCUUGAAAUCCCUCUGUUGUCCACUCUGUCGCUGCUGGUUGGAGGACGUAAAACCAUUCAAGUUCUUAGUCAUUUCAUUUCUAGCCCGUCUAUAAACAUAAUCAAAUUCACAUGGAUACAGAUUCCCGGACCUUGAUCUAAGAGAAAACUAAGGGUUCUACAAGAAUUUCAUGCAAUUUUCAAUAAACAUCGUCAUAUUGAAAGCUGAAUCAGAAGCAAAUCAGAUGAUUUUUUACUUUUCUUUUUCAGUGAACUGAAGAAAAAUUGUACGUUGUACAAUGCUGAUUUUGAAUGUCUGAAAUAGUUUUUUUUUCUUAAAAUAGUAAUCAUGGUUAGUCUAAGAUCUCAUAGAACUGUUGAUCUUGGAGGACAAGCACAGCACUUAUGUUUGCAAUUUAUCCGAUCAUAACAAAGUUACAACUUUUUUAGGCCUGUGGGCAUUUUUUUUCUGUGGAUUUAAUCGUGUGUUUUUGCCUAUUCUUUUUUUCUGAAAUAAUUCGUAUGAUCUCCGAUUUGACUUGUCAUCAUUUUUAAUGAGAUAUGAGAUAAUGUUUAUCCAAAAACACUGCCGUGCUAACCUCGUUUUCCAUCAUUGCAGCCACAACGUUGACGAGUUGGCAUCUUCUUGUCACAUUCUGUUCUCUACACACGGCGCUAUGGAUGAAAUUAUUUGAGCACAAACCUUUCGAUGCAAGAGCGGUAAUGGGCUUUGGCAUUCUCAACGGAAUAUCAAUUGGGCUUUUAAAUUUGAGUCUCGGUUUCAACUCGGUGGGAUUCUAUCAGGUAUUCUAUCAACUUCUCAUCUUUUGGACUCCAACGGAUAGCCGAAUUUAUUUAUUUAAUAAAUCAUAUCAAUGUGGGAUACUUAUUCAAAUUCGCUUUCAGAUGACAAAGCUGGCGAUCAUUCCCUGCACUGUUCUACUGGAGACUCUUUUCUUCAGGAGGAGAUUCAGGUCCGGAUUUCCCCUUUAGGACUCCUUUUUUUUUCUUUCUUAUGCUGACCCAGAUGAUGAAAGUCCGUUGACCCGUCUUCAUACUCGGUGUGAAGCUAGGUCAGGAAGUCAGCGGAUUUAGGAAGAAGGAAAAAUGUCUUAUUGUAGUUUAUUUUUCAUUUUAAAAUAUGACAAGCAUCUUUUUGCUAUUUAAGUCAAUUAAAAAUUGAAAAAAAAAUGAGGGGAGAAAAACACUGAGUAUUCCAUGCGCUUAUGCCUUUCCCUGCUUUACUCCGUUCUUGAAAAAAAAUAAAAUGCAGAAUUGCUAGUUGGGUCACUACAUCAUUUGGUAAUGACCAUUGAAUAUGAUUUUUUCCCCUUUUAUGCUUCCUGUUCGUUCUUCAUUGGAUUCAUCAAUGGCUUGUCAACGAUUUAUUUAUUUUUUAUUCAAUGACAUGUUUCUCAUAGAAAAUAUGAUUUACACUUCCGGUGAUGUAACGAUUUUACCGCUACUGGUGACAUGUAUUUCAUUCAAUAAUAUAUAUAUAUAUUUGACUAAUCUUUUUCUCAUUAUUGCUACAGUCGAAACAUUCAAUUCUCCCUUGCGAUCCUUCUAUUAGGUGUUGGCAUUGCAACCGUCACAGAUCUGCAGCUGAAUGUUCUGGGUUUCACUCUAUCUCUUCUAGCAGUGAUCACUACCUGUAUCGCGCAAAUUGUAUCCUUUUUUUCAAGAAAAAUUGGGGGAAAUCUCUCUGCUCCUCUUAUUUUUUAUAAUUUUCGUUGCAUUUAUUUAUUACUGUUUGAGAGCUUAACUGAUUGCCCUCAGAUGACCAACACAAUACAGAAGAAGUUCAAGGUCUCCUCUACCCAGCUGCUGUAUCAGUCUUGCCCUUACCAGGCCAUGGUCUUGGUCAUUUCUGGUCCAUUUCUUGAUGGACUCUUGACCAACCAGAAUGUCUUCGCCUUCAAUUACACUCCCCAAGUCCUGGUAAGAAGGGAACCCUCUCCUUACCCUUCUCUCAAACCUUUUCUGGGUAAAAGCCCUAAUUUCUCUCUCUCUCUCUCUCUCUCUCUCUCUCUCUCUCUCUCGAUUUCAGGCGUUCAUUGUGCUAUCCUGCCUAUUAUCGGUGUCUGUCAACUUCAGCACAUUCCUUGUCAUUGGCAAGACGUCGCCAGUUACCUACCAGGUCUUGGGGCAUCUGAAGACCUGCCUGGUCCUGGCCUUUGGCUACGUUCUUCUUCAUGAUCCAUUUAGCUGGAGGAAUAUAUUCGGAAUCGCGGUUGCCAUGGUCGGGAUGAUACUCUAUUCUUACAUCUGCUCGAUCGAGAACCAGCACAAAGUCAACGAGGCCUCUGCUCAGCUGAUCCAGGUAUACCCAUCUCUUUUUUCUUGGGCUUUUGGUACCAAAAGUCAGCGGAUUUUACUGGCAAAGAAGCUUCUGGCUUUCCCCGGCAAGAUCCUCAAUGUGUUCUAUAAAAAGAAGAAAAAAACCCUGCGUUUAUGUUGGAGGGUUAUAUAUUGACUAUCUUGAGAGCCAGCACAAAGUCAACGAGGCCUCUGCUCAGCUGACUCUGGUAGACCCAUGUCUUUUUCCUUAGGCUUCUAGUACCAAAAGUCAGCCUUUAUGUCGGAUUUUACUGGCAAAGAAGUUUCUUGACUUUCCCCGGCAAGAUCCUAAAUGUGUUCUAUAAAAAGAAAAAAAGAACCUCCGUUUAUGUUGGAGGGUUAUAUAUUGACUCUCUUUAGAUUAUCCGGCUCAUAGUCAAUGGACGAUGAUAAUCGGAUCGGCUGUUUUUUCGGUGCAGGAGUCGGAAUCCGAUCCUCUCAUCAGCGUUGAAAAUGGAUCCGAGAUCGCCGCCGAUGGCGUCGUCCCCCGGGCCCCGGGGUGGAGAUCAGACAAGGAUCUGAACGCAUGA